CUUAUACGUGAAGCUUUGCGUGAUGUGUUUUAAUUUUUACAGUCCGAAUUUGUAAGCCUGCGCGCUUUGAAUAACUCAAAACGUAGUCUCUGUAGGAUCUUUCCAUUUUUUAAUAAUAAUAAUUAUUAUUAUUCCUUCUUUCGCUAACCUGGCUGGCCUACUUUCAGACAUCUUAGCUCUCUCGUUCCACCGCCUUUUGAUCUUAGAGUGGAAAUCCGGGGACUUAUACUCUACCAAUCUUUCUAUAUUGCUGGUGUAUACUGGCAUAUCGGGUUUGCUUCGAAGUAGAUCGCUUGAUGAAGACCUUUUUCGUCCUUCUGGUGGAUUUUUUUACCUUGUAGAUCUCUUAGCCGCCAUCAAGGUAUAUCUUCGUCGCCCGCUCACUACGUGAUUCCAUGACAAAAUAAAUCCUCGAUCGAGUUGCACUUUAAAGCAAAUAUCCCACGCACUUGCAACUAGUGAUGCAGAAGGUUGCAAUGGGAGACCGAUCCCAACCCGACGAUGUUGCUAAUGUCACCAUUGGGGGAGAAACUACAGUAUUCACAGAGUCCAAGGGUGGCUCAGAAAGCGGUGCCAAAGCAGGCCAUGUCUUCAACGAGCAGACCAAUUAUGUCCCUAGAAGGACCAUCAUCACGAUAUUCCUCGCAUGUGCCAGUGUCGACCUAUUAGCUCUUAUGGACCAAACCACGUUAGCUGCAAGCUUAUAUAUCAUCGCUGACGCGCUGAAGUCAACCGACCAAGCGUCGUGGAUUGCUAGUGGAUAUUUCAUAACAUCAACUGUAGGACAGCUUUUAUAUGGGCGGCUUUCAGACAUCUGGUCUCGCAAAGUGAUCCUACUCAUCGGCUUAGCUAUCUUCUUCGUUGGCUCCUUGGCGUCAUCUCUUUCCCAGACUGUAACUCAGCUGAUCAUUUUCCGUUGCUUCACCGGCAUCGGCGGAGGUGGACUGAUGACCAUAGCUCAGACCAUUGUUAGCGACGUAGUGCCUUUAAGGGAAAGGGGGAAAUACCAAGGGAUCCUGGGAGCAGUUGUUGCUAUUGCUAAUGGAAUCGGUCCCGUCGUUGGCGGGGCCCUCUCCUCUAUCUCGGAAGACUCUUGGCGGUGGAUAUUUCGUUUGAAUUUGCCUCUCACCCUGUUGACCACUUGCUGCGUUGUAUUCAUUAUGCCGCUAAAGAAAGUGGAGGGGAACUGGAAAUUAAAAUUGAAAGCUGUCGACUUUCUCGGUAUCAUCCUUACUCUAGCUGGUGUUACCGUCCUGAUGCUGGGAUUGACAUGGGGUGGUUCUGAAUACCCAUGGGGUUCCGCUGCUGUAAUCACCACCUUGAUUCUCGGGUUCGUACUCUGUGUAGCCUUUAUUCUGUGGCAAUGGCGCGGGCCACGAUAUCCUUUAGUACCCUUACAUAUAUUCAAGUCUAAGAUCGUUAAUGGCGCGUGCCUCACUAUGGCUAUCAACGGCUGGAACUUCGUCGUUCAAGUCUACUACGUCCCUACGUUCUAUCAGCUCGCCUAUGGGUACUCUGCCACCAAGGCUGGCGCUAUGCUGCUUCCAAUUACGCUCAUACAGACGCUUAGUAGCACGCUAUCGGGUCUAGUGGUUCACUGGGUUGGCAGGUAUCGCGAAUGUAUCUUGUUUGGGUGGGUUUGCUGGGCUAUUGGUCUCGGGCUGAUGUCAACACUAGACGAAAACUCAGGGCUCGGGAAACAGAUAGGGUAUUCUAUCAUCAUUGGAGUAGGGGUUGGCAAUACACUUCAGCCAGCUCUAAUAGCCUGUCAAGCUGGAGUUGAGAGGCGAGACAUGGCCGUUGUUACGUCUUUUAGAAACUUCGUACGAAACCUUGGAGGAACAUUGGGUCUUGCUAUCUGUGGCACCCUACUGAAUAACAUUCUAGCAAGUUCCAUUUCAUCGCUAGAUAUUGACGGUGCCGACUUCAAGGAUCUCCUCAACGGCCCGCAAUCUUACUUGUCGUCUUUGCCUCUUGAUGAGGCGUUAAGGAUCCGCUCAGUCCUCAUUCCUGCGUACCGCCAUGGGUUUAGGGUGAUAUUCCUUGUAGGAGCAUCUCUGGCUGCUUUUGCAUUCGUCAUUGCUUGGUUUAUGAUGCCACAAGUUGAACUAAGCCGUCCUGAUGAUGAAAAACUGAAAGAAGAGGGCCGAAGACAGCAAACGGCAAAGCAGAGCACCCCAACCCCUUAAUGAUAUCGUGAUGACCAUCACAAUUAUUAAUCCUAGAUUUACUAUAAUAAGGCGGCUUAAAGCUAUAAGACAAUAUAAAAUCUAAUAUUUACAAGU